UCUCUCCUUCAACAUCUGGAUACCCCUCAGCUGACCUGCUUGAACGAGAACCCGCAACAUACGCUGAAGUCUAUUGUGGCAUCGAAGACGAAAAACACGGGGAGCGCAUACGUUCUCAGCGAUGCAGACGAGCAGCUGCUUUUGAACAUACCGUUCAACCAAACGGUCAAGAUACGCUCUAUCGCCAUCCAAGCGUCCAACAUACCCCAGGCUCCCAAGAAGAUUCGGCUCCUCACAAAUCGUCCGUCUCUGAACUUUGAGGACGUAGAGGACGAGCACUCCGUCCUGCAAGAGAUCGACCUAUCGGAGGACGAUGUGCGCGAGGGCAAGCGGAUCGAUCUGCGCUUUGUGCGCUUCCAGUCGGUGACGAGUCUGCAUAUAUUCGUCGUGUCGAACCAAGGUGGCGAAGAUGAGACGCGGAUCGACGCAAUAGACAUAUUCGGGAUGCCCGUGAUGGGUACGCGAGACGUCAGCGGGCUAAGGAAAGUUGAGGAUGAAUGA